AUGGCACCCAUAUCUGACUUUUUCAAAUCGCUGCGGUCGUCGAAAGACACCAAUGGGAGUUCGAAGCGGUCGAAGAAGGGGACCGGGGAGGGCGCGUCACCCGCGCACGAGCCAUCGCACCUGCCCACCGACGCCCCAGCCCCCACUCACCGCGCGGACCCCACAACACACUCGACGCACGGACCAGAUGGCACCAAUGGCGUGGCCGCCAAGUCGCCGUCCCAGUCAUCGUUCUCGUCGCAGACAUACCAGCCUGGCCCAGGCGAGUCGAGCACUCCCCCAACACCGAUCCCUGGCCAGACAUCCGGACCCAUCGACAUCCCCACCACGACCACCAUUCUCUCCAAUCCCAACCCCUCAUCGCCACCGGGUCCCGCCUCGGCAGAAAAGGUCCGCACCAUCGACAUUGAUGACAUGAUAAACCGCCUGCUCGACGUCGGCUACUCGGCAAAGGUCAACAAGUCCGUCUGUCUCAAAAACAACGAAAUUACCGCCAUCUGCCAGGCCGCGCGCGAAGUCUUCCUUUCCCAGCCCACCCUAAUCGAACUCAGCCCCCCUGUCAAGAUCGUCGGCGACGUCCAUGGCCAGUAUUCAGACCUCAUCCGCCUGUUUGAGAUGUGCGGUUUCCCCCCGCAGGCAAACUACCUCUUCCUCGGCGACUAUGUCGACCGUGGCAAGCAGAGUCUCGAGACCAUCCUUCUCCUCCUCUGCUACAAGGUCAAGUACCCAGAGAACUUCUUUUUGCUGAGAGGAAAUCACGAGUGCGCAAACGUCACGCGAGUGUACGGCUUUUACGACGAGUGCAAACGUCGGUGUAACAUCAAGAUAUGGAAGACUUUCAUCGACGUAUUCAACUGUCUGCCUAUAGCCGCAGUCGUCGCCUCCAAGAUAUUCUGUGUCCAUGGUGGUCUCUCCCCUUCCUUGCACUCGAUGGAUGACAUCAAGCGCAUCCAACGUCCAACCGACGUCCCUGACUAUGGCCUUCUCAACGAUCUAUUGUGGUCAGAUCCAUCUGACAAUGCCGUCGACUGGGAGGACAACGAACGUGGCGUCAGCUAUUGUUUCGGCAAGAGCGUCAUCAACGACUUCCUCGUCCGCUAUGACAUGGACCUCAUUUGUCGAGCUCACAUGGUUGUCGAAGAUGGUUACGAGUUUUGGAAUGACAGGACGCUUGUUACCGUUUUCAGUGCACCCAAUUAUUGCGGGGAGUUUGACAAUUACGGGGCGUGUAUGAGUGUUUCCGAGGAUUUGCUCUGCGCGUUUGAGUUGCUCAAGCCCUUGGACGGACCAGCGUUACGAAAGGAGAUGACCAAGGUCAAGCGAAAGAGUGGACAACAACCUCCGGCGAUCACCGCAUCAUAG